AUGGCCUUUCUCUGGAUCCUGUCCUGCCUCGCCUUCAUCAGCGCCGCCCACGGCUGCGGUACUCCCUCCAUCCCUCCCGUCGUGACCGGGUAUGCCCGCAUUGUGGGCGGUGAGGAGGCGGUUCCUCACUCCUGGCCCUGGCAGGUGUCCCUGCAGGAUUAUAGCGGCUCCCAUUUCUGUGGAGGUUCUCUGAUCAACGAGUACUGGGUGGUGACCGCCGCUCGAUGUGAGUUCAGGGUCUACCACUAUGUGGCCGUUGGUGCGCAUAACAGAGCUUUCAACACACCCGACAAUAUCCAGGUUCUGAGACCUAUCCUGAUCUUCACUCAUCCCAACUUUAACGCCGAAACCAAGGAAAAUGACAUCGCUCUCAUCAAGCUGUAUAAACCCGCCAUCCUGGGACCCACCGUGUCCCCCAUCUGCCUGCCCAAGUCCACCGACUCCUUCUUCGGGAUCUGCGUGACCACCGGAUGGGGCUAUACUACGGCGUUUCCCAAUGGCUACCGUUCCGACACCCUGCAACAGGCGAUCCUGCCCCUGCUGCCCGACACCGACUGUGAGAGGUUCUGGGGCAGCGCAAUCACCAACUCCAUGAUCUGCGCCGGGGCGUCCGGAGUCAGCUUCUGUAAUUAUGACGAAGGCGGUCCUCUGGUCUGCGAGAAAAACAAAGUCUGGACUCUGGUGGGCAUCGCAUCCUGGGGAGAAAGCCAGUGCUACCAAUCCUUGCCCGGAAUCUACACCCGUAUGACGGAGCUCCGUGGAUGGGUGGACCAGAUCCUGGCUGCCAACUAA